AUGUCUGAGAACAAAGAAACACCACUACACACCGUUGGCUUUGACGCUAGAUUCCCAAACCAAAACCAAACUAUGCACUGCUGGCAAUCCUAUGUGGACUACCACAAGUGUAUUAACGCCAAGGGAGAAGAAUUUGCUCCGUGUAAGGUCUUCUUCAGGACUUAUUCAUCUUUGUGUCCGGUCGAUUGGGUGGAAAAAUGGGACGAACAGAGACAAAAUGGUACUUUCGCCGGCGACAUCAACCCAUGA